GUUAAGCCUUGGGGUGAAGAGAUAGGCCAAAAAGCUGGAGACGAGGACCAAGUGUGCCGAGGAGAAGGAAAGCAGAUCAAGUACAUCGGCCAGAUAGAAUCGUCCGAUCGAGUGAAGAAUCGGAAUCGACGCUCGAUUAAUUAAGAGUCGCGCUCGCGAACCUCUUUCUAUCCUAAUUACAUAAGUUACUCUGCACUCCCGAACGUCCGUAUAUAAUAAAAUAUUCAUACCGUUCGUACAUAUAUUCGGGUAAACGCGAUCGGUUAUCUGUGAUACGUCGCGCGGUUCCUCGCGUACUGUUGUUGUUGUUUGUUGUUUCUUGUUACUGGUGUUUCUAUAUUCGAAGUAAGAGCAGAGGAAAAAAGAGAAGGAACAGGACUAUAGAUCGAAAGUGAAAAGCGAAUAAAAAGUGGCGAGAGGGCAAAGACUAACGGGAGCUAAGAGACGAUUGUGCGAAGCGGCAGUGAUUCUACGGUGAUAACCAUACUCGAAGGAAAUUCGAGAACGGCCUCAAGCUGGUUUACUCAGGAUACCCGAUCGCGAGCAAAAUGGAGGUGCGUGCGAUGGAGUACCGACCAGUGGUACCCACGGGGGUAGUGCCCGCACUCCAGGAUUAUCAUGCGGCCAUACCGGAUCUUAGUCCACCCAGGAGUCAAGGUUCAUCGACUGGAGGAGCCUCGUCGAUCGGCGACUAUGCACCCCGAAUGUAUACACCUCCCACCCCACCUACGCCGCACGAGGAUGAAAAGAUAUUCGGAAGUAAAGCGGACCUGCAAUUACACACUCAGAUCCACAUGAGAGAGGCGAAGCCGUACAAGUGCACCCAGUGCUCUAAGGCAUUUGCGAAUUCGUCCUACCUCUCUCAGCACACAAGAAUCCACCUUGGUAUAAAGCCCUACCGCUGCGAGAUCUGCCAGAGGAAGUUCACCCAACUCAGCCACCUCCAGCAGCACAUCCGUACCCACACCGGGGACAAACCGUACAAAUGCCGUCACCCUGGGUGCACCAAGGCCUUCAGUCAACUGAGCAACCUCCAGAGCCACUCCCGAUGUCACCAAACGGACAAGCCCUACAAGUGCAACUCCUGCUACAAGUGUUUCUCCGACGAGCCCAGCCUCCUGGAGCACAUACCCAAGCACAAGGAAUCGAAACACCUCAAGACCCACAUAUGCCAGUACUGCGGAAAGAGCUACACGCAGGAAACUUAUCUGGCGAAGCACAUGCAGAAGCACGCGGAACGCACGGACAAGCGGCCGCCGAUAAUCGGAACGGGAUUGAGGCCCUCGAUUCACGCGGCGAUGGCGCAUCAUCAUCAGGAUCACUACUGGCCCAAAGUCAGCCCGGACUCCGUAAUCUCCGAGCUUCACGACAGGCUACCCCAUCACCACGCGGCCGCUGCGGCAGCGGCAGCCGCGGCCGCCUCGGACUAUCAUCAGAAUCCAAACAACGAGAUGAUAAUGCCACCGCACGGUCACCGAGGUGACGCCUCCAUUGAGAAUGACUCGACGAGGCAGCAGACGCCGCAGCCGGGCAAUCAUCCGAACAGCAGUUCGGCCUUUACUCCCAUAUCGUCAAUCUCUAUAAAUUCGAUUUCCUCGAUGCAACAUCCGCUCAAUCCAUUGAAUCAUUUACACUAUCCGGGUAGUCAUCAUCCGGCCUCGAGGCCCUACCUCUACGAGGCGUUCAAUACCACCCAAAAGUCAUCGCCCACGUCCUCGGCGUCCGGCGUCACCUCCGGUACCACGAGUAAUCAGAAUGCGACGUCCUUUCCGAAUCAAUUGAUAAGUCUUCAUCAGAUACGGAAUUACGCUCAUCAACCUAACCUUGGUAACUUGGGCAACAUCGGGAACCUAGGCAACCUUAGUAAUUUGAGUAAUUUGAGUGCGUCCAUGGAAAGUCAUGCGCUUCUCGGUGGACUUAAGGACAAGCAGUAGAGUUACUCUACUUCUUCCUCCUCCUCCUCCUCCUCCUUCUCCUCCUCCGUCAGCUCUUCUUUUUCUUCUUUAAAUUCAAUUUUCAUUUGCACAACUUAGUAAUGCCUAUUCUUUUGAAAAAAGCAGCGGUAGAUGCUCUCUUUUGUAACAGCCGGUAGAUUGGGCUUUACGAAAGACAACAUCUGUCUUGCACAGUACAAUGGAGACACACGCGUUACACAUCCAGGAUAUAAGGUAUCCUGCUGAUCGUGAGGUUCAGGGAUACUAAGGUCAGCAGUGCCAGAGCAAUGUUAAUCUUACUGUCCAGUGCCACCCAUGUUUCUUUAGACUAAUCCGCUGAAGUCGAAGCAGCCAAUUGCCCAAGUCUUCGUUCUCAAAGGAGAUCUCCUUAGUUGAAUAUUGUGCGUGCGAGAUCAUCGCAAUGAACGAGCGAUACGCAAGAGUACUUACGUUUAGUCAUUCGUUGAUACUGCGCGAGUAUCGGCAUAGUUAAUUUCGCUGUAAUUCAUUGCCAACGAUCAUUAUCGACCUCAAUGUUUUCCGAGCUAUUUUAUUUGUUUUUAUAUUGUGUCUACGAUUUUUUUAAGAAUUCCCAUUUCUCGCCGAAGUAACACAACAACCGAAUAUUUGCACGUAGAGAUGCGAAUGCAAUCCCCUGAAUGAAAAAAAAAAAAAGAAAAAUAAGAAAGGGAGAAAAUAGGCUAAGAAGGGACGCGAGGACAUGGGAACGUAACGCAAAAGAGGGUACAAAGGCGUCGACGCCAUAAGCGUCACGACGACGACGACGACGUCGUCGUGCGCACACAGAAAGAACACAUGAAAAAUCUGAUGAAAGAAAAAAAAAGCAGAAUGGGGGAAACGAGAAAAGAGUAGUAGAAUUGACGUUGACCACAAAGAAGAGAGAGAGAGUGGGUACGGAGAACCUCCUGUACAUAGCUAUUAUAUAAAUAUAUAAAUAAAUAUUAUUAUAUUAUUAUUAA